AUGAGGAAGACUUCUAGAGUGAAGAGAGCAGCCCCACAAGAAACAGGUUUUGCAAGGGGCUGGCGGAACCUCCUGGAAAACUUGAUAUUUAAUGUGGCAGAGGUUGCAAAUGAAAACGUUCAGGUGAGGGAAACUAUGCUAGUUUUCUACAACUGCUAUAACAAAUUAUUGCAAAUAGAACUGCUUAAAGCAAUGCAAAUUAUUAUCUUGGCACUCCAGAGGUCAGAAGUCCAGCCCAGCCUCACCAGGCUGACACCCAGGUAUGGGCGGGGCUGCAUUCCUUUCUGGAGGCUCCAGGGCAGGAUCUGGUUCCUGCUCAUGCAAGCUGCUGGCAGUAUUCAGUUUGUUGAGGUUAUAAGAUUAAGGUCCUUGUUUCCUUACUGAUAAUCAGCUGAAGGUCGUUCCUACCUUUUUGAAGCCACCAUAUUCCCCCAGCUUGAGCCUCAUUCUUCCAUCUUCAAAGCCAGUAAAUGGCAGGUCAAGUCUCUCUCAUGCUUUGAAUCUCUCCUGCCUCUUCUGUCAUUGCAGCUCUUGGAGCUCUCUUUCUGCCUCUUGCUUUUUUUAGUAAGAGUUCCUGUGAUUAGAUUCAGCUCACUCACAUCAUCCAGAACAAUCUCCCUAAGGUCCGUACAGUAGUACCCCCCCAUCCACAGCUUUGCUUUCCGUGGUUUCAGUUACCCGCAGUCAAGCAGAAGAUGGUCCUCCUGACCUGUCAUCAGAAGGUCAGUGGUAGCCUAACACUGUGUCUCAGUGCCUACGUUAUUACCUCAUCUCGUUAUAUGAGUAUUUAAUCAUCUCACAUCAUCACAAAGAGGAGGGUGGGUACAGAACAAUGAGAUAUUGGGAGAGCACAUUCACAGAACUUUAUUCUAGUAUAUUGCCAUCAUUGUUCUAUUUUAGUAUUAGUUAUUGUUAAUCUAUUAUUGUGCCUGAUUUAUAAAUUACACUUUAUUGUGUGUAUAUGUAUAGGAAGAAACAUAGUAUAUAUAGGGUUUGGUACUGUCCACAGUUUCAGGCAUCCACUGGGGGUCUUGAAACGUAUCCCCUGCAGAUAUGAGGAAACUACAGGAACUUUAAGUUCACCUGCAAAGUUCUUUUUGCCAUGGACAUAACAUAUCAUAGGUUCCAGGGAUUAGGAUGUGGACGUUUCUGAGAGGCCAUUAUUUUGCCUACCACAGUGUGACCUCUGGCCCCCCAAAAUUCACGUUUGUCUCACAUGCAAACUACAUUCACACCAUCCUCUUGUCCCCAGAAGUCUCCUUCCAUGAUGGGGAGUCAUCCAAAGCCAGGCUGAGGGCACAUAGAAUUUAGUCUGAGGGUGUUUAGGGAAUGAUGUUGCUUUGGGAACAGAAGCGGAGACAAGAUGGAAAGAAAGGACUCCUCCUCCUGUUGACCUUUGCCACCUCCUGUGUUCACAGCCUCUCAGCUCUGAGCUGUCUGCCCUCCAGGUACCCCUGGGAUGGCGUGAGCACUCCGCCAGCGAUGGACCCCUCUGUGACGCUGUGGCAGUUUCUGCUGCAGCUGCUGAGAGAGCAGGGAAACGGCCACAUCAUCUCGUGGACCUCACGGGAUGGCGGUGAGUUCAAGCUGGUGGAUGCUGAGGAGGUGGCCCGGCUGUGGGGGCUGCGUAAGAACAAGACCAACAUGAAUUACGACAAGCUCAGCCGGGCCCUGCGUUACUACUAUGACAAGAACAUCAUCCGCAAAGUGAGCGGCCAGAAGUUUGUCUACAAGUUUGUGUCCUACCCUGAAGUCGCGAGGUGCUCCACUGAGGACUGCCCGCCCCAGCCCGAGGUGUCUGUCACCUCUACUGUGGCAAAUGUGGCCACCACUGCUGUACAUGCUGCCCCCGGGGACACAGCCUCUGGGAAACCAGGCACACCCAAGGGUGCAGGAAUGGCAGGCCCCGGGGGCUUGGCGCGCAGCAGCCGGAAUGAGUACAUGCGCUCGGGCCUCUACUCCACCUUCACCAUCCAGUCCUUGCAGCCACAGCCGCCCCCUCAUCCUCGGCCUGCCUCCGUGCUCCCCAACACCGCCCCUUCGGGAGCAGCAGUGCCCCCGUCUGGGAGCAGGAGCACUAGUCCCAGCCCCUUGGAGGCCUGCCUGGAGGCGGAGGAGGCUGGCCUCCCUCUGCAGGUCAUCCUGACCCCACCCGAGGCCCAGAAUCCUAAAUCAGAAGAGCUGAAUGUGGAGCCCGGGUCGGGCAGGUCACUGCCCCCAGAAGUGAAAGUGGACGGGCCCAAGGAAGAGUUGGAACCCGCAGUCGGUGGGGAGGCGGGGUUUGUGCAGGAAGCCGCUAAGGCCGGGCCGGAAGUCCCUCCUGCGGAGGGCGUGCCAGCCCGGCUGCCCGCGGUCGUCAUGGAGACUGCAGCGCCGGUGGGCGGCCUCCCGGCUUCCACUGCUUCCAGCACAGAGAUUGCCCAGCCUCAGAAGGGCCGGAAGCCCCGGGACCUGGAGCUUCCACUCAGCCCCAGCUUGCUGGGUGGGCCAGGACCCGAACGGACUCCAGGAUCGGGAACUGGCUCUGGGCUGCAGGCGCCGGGGCCAGCGCUGACCCCGUCCCUGCUACCUACGCACACAUUGACCCCGGUGCUGCUGACGCCCAGCUCGCUGCCCCCCAGCAUUCACUUCUGGAGCACCCUGAGUCCCAUUGCACCCCGUAGCCCAGCCAAGCUCUCCUUCCAGUUUCCGUCCAGUGGCAGCGCCCAGGUGCACAUCCCUUCCAUCAGCGUGGAUGGCCUCUCAACCCCCGUGGUGCUCUCCCCAGGGCCCCAGAAGCCAUGAUUACCACCACCACCACCACCCCCUUCUGGGGUCACUCCAUCCAUGGCCCUGAACUUCUCUCCAGCCAGCCGUCUCAAGGAGAAACAUAGUUCAGCUGACAGACUUGUGCUCUAGUUGUGGUGGGGUAGGGAUUCUUAGGAAAGAUCUUUUAGUAACCCUUCCACAGGAAACAUACAACUUCUCUCUUCUUGGUCAGUUCCCCAGUGGCCGCCCUUACACGUCUCCUACAGCAGUGGUGGGGACGGUUUAUUUAUUUAUUUUUUGAAGGCCACUGAGAGGAGCCUGGCCCAACCCUUUUGAGGGGUUGGUGAGGACAUCUCCCCCAUCUCCACAUUUUCUCCCAAGAUGAGACAAUCGGGGUCUGGCUUGAGAAGGACCUUUCUUUAUUUAUUUCUCAGCCGGCCCUUGGAAAGCUGAGGGAGCCCUGUCUCCAUUUUGGGAUGUGAGUGGAAAAGGUAGCUUGUUGUUGUUGUUUAUUAUUCCUGGCCACACCCAAUGGCCCAGGAAGAAUUUGUGCCAUUCAGCAGUUUGGGAAUCUUGGCCAAGGAAAGACUCACACCCUUGAAGUAGGAAUUUCCACCCCCCCAGCCUUUCUCUCAGAUACCACCUUUUCGGCCGGGGGAGGAAUGCCCCUUUUGUUCUCCUCCCCCGAGAAGCCAUUCCUGUGUCUGCCAAACUCCUGGGGUCCUGCCUGUUACCUCCCAAUGGAGGGUUUUUUUGGGGAGUUGGUUCCCGUCUGGGGGACCCCUCCAGCCAGUACUCCAGGUCUCCUUGUCCCCCACCCCUUGCCAUUUUGAUAGUAUAAUCUAUUUUUAAACAGGGCUUUUCAAUAGGGGAGAGGAGAGCAUCUCUUCCUAUAUCUGAGAUGGGGUGGGUGGGAAGGAAGGGAUUGGGGGGGGUCUUCCUGCCACCCCCAAGUGUUUAUUUUUGAUACCAAACGUGUAUUUUCAACUCCCUCCCUCCCAGCCCCCCAAUUUCCUGCGGGCGGGUACAAAGGACCCUUUAAGUGUCCCUGGAGUUGGGAGGGAGGAAUGGGGGACAUAAAUCCUGUCCUAUCUGAAUUCCAGGCUGGAGAGGGUGGGUUCGCAGGACUCCUGGGCUCACCUCCUGUCAGCACCGGACCAGCCCGGGCCUGGGGACCUGGGGGUUGGUGAUUUGGGGGACGGUGCUACACCUGUCUCCACUGUUUGUUUUACUUCCCCAAAAAUGGAUCUUUUUUUUUCUAAGAGUCCCAGAGAAUGGGGAAUUGUUCCUGUAAAUAUAUAUUUUUA